AUGGCUCCCUCGAACCGCCCGGAGCAUCACAUCAAUCUCAACUACAUUCCCCAGCUCACCUCGCAGCCACCGCUGUCUGCCUCCUCCACCACCUCCGCCUCGCCCACUGAGCCUCCGUCCUCGGGCGGCUCAAUUCGCUUCCCAAUGCCUUCUGGGAACACGUCAAACCCGCUCGCGGGUGCCGCUGCUGGUGCGAGACUAGGAGCCGGGUCCCCAUCGCAUGAAUAUGGUGGUAGAUUAUACUCGAAGCGCGCUCGUGAGAUCCAAGCUCAGGAAGGCCUCACUCCCCAAAUGUGGGGUCCUCCUACAAGCGGAAACUCUACGCCGCUGCGAGAGACCAUCCCAGAGUCACCCAGCAGCGAUAGCUUCCCUGACUUCAACGGAGCAAUGCCAGAGACGGCCGCACCAUCUGGCCGCCGUGCCCGUGCUGGUACUCUGCCCUCACGAUUCUCUCCCUCGGCCGCACCGCCAGGCUUGCUGUCCGCUUCAUCGCUCCUUCCCAAAACCUCCCGCCCGACACCAUCGACGAGCCCCUUCAAACCCGGCUCGGGCACCCCCACUGAUAACACUGGCUUCGCUGCUCCUCUCGGUUCAACUAACGCGGCCGCCAAAUCAGCCCUACUAUCCCGCCUACGAGCCGGCUCGAUGCCACAACGACCAGGCUUCUUGCCGCCUGCUGUGUCGCCGUUUGGAAACCCCAUCUUCUCCACGGGAUGGACGAGCAGCCGUGACCGUAGUAGCACGCUACAGAGCAUUGCAUCUCAGCCCUCAAAUGGUCCUACAUCGCCCCAGUCCUCUUUUUCCAGGGACUCGCUUGCCGAUACCGAUGUGAAGACGCUGGAUUACCUUGGUCUUGUGGACACUCCCCAACCGACCCGCGCCACGCUUGCCCCGUCUGACAUCGAACUUCUUCUUGAAGGCCAGCGAAAUGCCCUUAACCAUAACGCAACUGCUGCUGCCAAUCGCUUCCGCUCAUACUCCGUCAAUGCUAAGGAGAAGUAUGCCGAUGAGGAGGAUGAGCUUGACCAGGCUGCCUACGGCUACAGCAGCGGAUCUAUGACUCCGGCAGAAGCAAGUGCUCUAGCCAUCCACGAGGCUGUCCGACAACACAAUCUGGAAGUGCAAGCGUUUGCCAACUUUGCUAGCGCUACCCGUCCUCGUGCGCGCACUGCAGGUGUUCUCGACUCGCCAUCGCAGCGACUGAUGCGGAACUACCUUCCCACUUCGUCCCGCCUUGACAGCAGCCUCAUUGCCGCUGAUCUGACCGAAGACGCGGAGUACAGCCUCACCGAAGCUGUGAAGAAUCUUCAGCUGGGCGGCAAGCCGAGCUCGAAUCUUGGUGAUGACACGCUGGAGGGGCCGACCCGAGCGCUUUGGCUUGGUAACAUCCCUUCAUCCACCACUGUUUCAUCCCUGGAUGUUAUAUUCAAGGCUUUCGGUCCCAUCGAGUCCACCCGUGUUUUGACCCACAAGAACUGCGGAUUCGUCAAUUAUGAAAACAUUGACAGCGCGAUUCAGGCGAAGCUGCAGCUCAACGGCAAGGAGAUCUUCCCUGGCGCUGGUCCAGUACGCAUCGGCUAUGCCAAGGUGCCCAGCGCAGCAGCUACCCCUGGUCACAACGGCCUCUUCCCCUCGCCAAGUCCUGAUCCGCUUGCCAAAUCCCAGGCGGAGGGCGCGAAUUUGUCCGGCAAUGUUGCGAAAGCGAACGGCGCGCGUUCUGAGAGUGUUAACGUUCCUCUUACCACUCCUGAGCUGACUAACAUCCGUGGCGACAUAGUCAAUAUCGUGAAAGAAUUGGGUGCUACGGAUGAGGAGCAGCUCCGCAUUUCGGCCCAAGUCGAGCAAGCUGUUCAGAAUGACAACUACGUCUCGGAAAUUCCUCCUGUCGAGGAACCCAGUCACACCCGCGUUCAUGAUGCGCCGCGUCUACGGGAGAUUCGCAAGCGCAUCGAUAACAACUCGUGCUCGCAACCCGAGAUCGAGGAGAUUGCCAUGAACAUGCUACCCGAAAUCGCUGAGCUGUCCUCUGACUACCUGGGCAAUACAGUAGUGCAGAAGUUGUUUGAGUACUGUUCCGAACCCACCAAGGAGGCCAUGUUGCGAGAGAUCGCUCCUCAAUUGGCUAAGAUUGGCGUUCACAAAAACGGAACCUGGGCUGCCCAGAAGAUCAUUGACGUUGCCAGGACGCCGGCUCUUCAGAAGAUGAUUGUCGAUGCCCUGCGACCAUACGCCGUGGCUCUGUUCCUCGAUCAGUUCGGUAAUUACGUUAUGCAGGGAUGUCUCCGGUAUUCGGCGCCGCUGAACAACUUUAUCUUUGAAGCCAUGCUUAGCCGUCUGUGGGAUCUCGCCCAGGGCCGAUUUGGUGCGCGAGCGAUGCGUGCUUGCUUGGAGAGCCACUACGCAACCAAGGAUCAGCAGCGCAUGGUGGCUGCUGCAAUUGCGCUCCACAGCGUGCAGCUUGCUACAAACGCUAACGGCGCCUUGCUUCUCACAUGGUUCCUCGACACCUGCAACUUCCCUCGGCGUCGCACAGUCCUUGCUCCUCGGCUCGUCCCACACAUCGUGCACCUGUGCACGCACAAGGUUGCUUACCUGACGGUUUUGAAGAUUAUCAACCAGCGAAAUGAGCCGGACGCUCGUGACACUAUCCUUCAAGCGUUGUUCUUCUCGCCGAACGAUCAAGUCCUAGAGGAUAUUCUCAUUGAUCAAAACUGUGGCGCUACUUUGAUCUUCAAGGUCUUGACUACUCCAUUCUUCGACGAGAAGAUCCGUCCGGAUGUUGUUCAGAACGUCCGUAAUGUUUUGACGCGCAUCAAGGCACAGCCAGGGCAAGGAUAUAAGCGACUGAUGGACGAGGUAAAUCUCUCCACGCGCGGUGGUCCUGGUCAUAGAGAGCACUCACAGACUCGACCGGCCUCUUCUCGCGACAGCCCUGCUGGCUCCCAUGCUGAGCCUCGCCAAUUCUACCCAGGUGUCGCACCAGGGAUGGAUCCCAUUGCGCUGCAGCGGACCGCAAGCAUGGACUCCAACGGCUUCGAGCAGUACCCCAUGGGUGUAAGCGGUCCAAUGUUCGUGCCUGGCAUGCAGGCUAUGACUGGACCCCAGCAACUUCAGUACCAACAGCUCCUAGCACAGCAAGGACGAGGCCAGCCUUUCUAUCCCCAGGUGAAUGGCUUCCAGCCUCCAGUAUCCGGUAUGGACUACAGGAACGUGAGCCCCGUCGCAGCUCCUGGGUUCAAUGGUUCACCUAUGCUUCAGCCCGCCGCACUCGGACAAGGCAUGAGUCCGGUCAUGGGUGGGCAGAUGUAUCCUUACGGCAUGUAUGUGCCUCAGCAACAACAGCAAGCCGCUGGGGGUGGUCAACGACGUGGCAGGCGGUAA